AUGGCCUUCUCAAACCUCCUUGAGGUCGUCAGCAAUGUCGACAAGUUCCCUUAUCAACGUGACAUCUCCAGCACUGAGACCAUACACAAUUAUACCCCAUUGUGUCAUGAAUCGCGUGUGAUUGGAAACAUCCUUCCGGAUGUAAUGGCCCAAUUGCGCAUUUACAAUUCUGCUCAGUCUUUACCUCCAUUUGUCAUUGAAAACAAUGUCACCUUCGCUCCUUGGGUUGACUCGGUUGAGAAGCGCACAGAAGUAAUCAAGACAAUGAUGGACUUGUGGCGUAAAGAAAAAACUUUUACUGCACUUGCUGGCUGGAGAAAUGAACUUUAUCCUGUGUAUGGAAACUCUGCGAGAGAAGACAACCUUGCAUUUGUUAUUGAGAGAGCUGCAAGUGCCUUGUUUGGAAUUUCUACUUUUGGUGUCCAUCUUAAUGCCUAUGUAACCGAAAAGGAUGGAUCAAUUAAGAUGUGGGUAGCUAGACGUGCUCUCACAAAGCCUACCUGGCCUGGCCUGCUCGACAAUUGUGUUGCAGGUGGAAUUGCAUACACUUAUUCGACCAAAGAAACUAUUGUCAAAGAAUGUGAUGAAGAAGCUAGUAUUCCAAGAGAGAUUUCUGAGAAGGCUUCCAGUGUGGGGUGUGUAACGUACUAUACAUAUACCAGCGCCGGACUUCAGCCAGAGACUCAGUAUGUCUUUGAUUUGGAACUUCCUAGUGGAGUUUUACCAAAACCCCAAGAUGGUGAAGUUGAUUGCUUUUAUUUAUGGUCUCUUGACAAAGUCAAGAAGUCUAUUCUCGACAAUGAAUGGAAGCCUAAUUGUGCCUUGGUUGCAAUUGAUUUUAUGAUGAGACAUGGUAUCAUUACGGCAGAUAAUGAGCCAGACUAUAUUGAUAUUAGCUAUAGACUUCAUCGCAACCUUGGGUUCCCCACCCCAACAAAGUGCAUAAAAUAA